CAUCCAAAAACAACUGAAACUUUCCUGCAAAGAGCAAAGAAAAACCAGGAAAAAAAAAAGGGUGAAAAAUGGACGCAAUUGACUCAGUUUUCGAUCCGCUAAGAGAGUUUGCUAAGGACAGUGUUCGUCUUGUUAAGAGAUGCCACAAGCCCGAUCGCAAAGAAUUUACAAAGGUGGCGUUUCGUACAGCAAUCGGAUUCGUGGUUAUGGGAUUCGUAGGGUUUUUCGUCAAGCUCAUCUUUAUCCCUAUUAACAACAUAAUUGUUGGAUCCAGUUAGGCAUGCUUCAUGCGUGUUACUGACUUGCAGGAAGGAAGGGAAUCGGUAGAAUUUUUCAGCACAGUGAGAAAGAUAGAACUGCAUGCUUGAGACUGAGAGCUUCAUCAUCUGAGUUCAUGAACUAAUUUCAAUUAAGACUUGGGGUUUCUACUUUUCUUUAUAUUCGGUUUCGUUGGAAAUGGUUUUGUUUUAGUGUUGUAAUAGAGCCUUGUUGCAGCUAAUACAAUCUUUGACUUUUGGUCCAAUGUCAAUUCAAUUCUGAUCUGUUUUCAUUUUCAGCUAAGAUACAUCCCUCUUCAAAGUUUAAACAUGGAUUGAAUUUUAACCAAUAACAAGUGAUUUAUCUAUA